CUUCACAAAGCCUAAAACAGAAUAAAUUUUUCCAAUUAAUAAUAAGAACUAAUAAAGAUUUUCUCUGUUUGCAUUUCCAGAAUUGAAAUGUCCAACUCCCACCAGGAGGAAACGAUCUAACACUAUCAUGGAGGUCAGAACUACAUUAGUGAGUCAAUAUAAAGAAAAAAAAACAACGUGACUGCUGUUUGGAUGGCAUGAAGGACACCCCCCUGUCAUAUAAUUGUGAGAGGCGCAGCGAGUACAUCAUUGACGGUCCAGCGUGUGUUGAAGCCUUUCUGCACUGCUGCAAGGAGAUGGAAAGUCAGCGAGCUGAGAGGAAGCAUGACAGCCUCCUACUGGCACGCAGUGAGGAUGUUACGAGUUACAUGGACAGCAAUGAAUUUAAUUCUCGCACAAACUUUCCUGAAAGUUGGCAGUGGACACAUAUCAAACUGCCUGCUUGCCCUCAACAAACACCAAACUGUGACACCACAUCAAAUGAGACAACAUUCCCUUUGAGAGACUCAAUCACAACCUGGCUGUUCACUGGCAUCAGUCUUUCAAGAACUCACGGUAUCUGUGUUGGCGAACCAUUAGAGGUAAUUGUGCGAAAGGACUUCUUUAUUGAUCUCAGGAUGCCUUACUCUGCUGUCCGUGGAGAGCAGUUGGAAAUUAAGGCAAUACUCCACAACUACAGUCCAGAUCCUAUCUACGUGCGUGUGGAUCUGAUUGAGAAUCAGGCUGUGUGCAGUUCAGCUUCUAGGCGUGGGAGGUAUCGUCAGGACAACGUUGAAAUUGGGAGCCAAACCACACGGUCUAUACCCUAUGUCAUUAUUCCCAUGAAGUUAGGACAACUCCACAUUGAAGUCAAAGCAGCUGUUAAAAACAAAUUGUUCACUGAUGGAAUCAGGAAGAAUCUGCUGGUGGUGCCUGAAGGAAUACUGACAAAAUCUCUGAAGACUAUAACCCUUGACCCUGCAAAGAAAGGCAUAGAUGGCAAACAAGAGGAAAUAAUUAACAGUGAAAUUCCUCAAAAAGAUUUGGUUCCAAACACACCUACUAGCACAGAGAUCUCCGUGACAG